AUCUCUUGAGGACUCAGAAGAGCAGCUGUGAGACCACCCAGGGAAGAGGAUGACGGCCAGCAGAGCUCUGGUUCUGGGGAUCCUCGCCCUGACCACCGUGCUCAGCCCCUGUGGAGGUGAAGACGACAUUAAGGCUGACCAUGUUGGCUCCUAUGGUUUAAGCUUCUAUCAGUCUUAUGAAGACAAUGGCCAGUACACAUUUGAAUUUGAUGGCGAUGAGUUGUUCUAUGUGGACUCAGAUAAGAAGGAGACAGUCUGGAGGAUUCCUGAGUUUGGCCAACUGACGAGCUUUGACCCACAAGGUGGACUGCAAACUCUAGCUACAGCAAAACACAACUUGGGCACCCUGAUGAAGAGGUCCAAUUCUACCCCAGCUACCAACAAGGUUCCUGAGGUGACCAUGUUCUCCAAGUCCCCUGUACUGCUGGGUCAGCCCAACACCCUCAUCUGCUCUGUGGACAACAUCUUUCCUCCCGUGGUCAACAUCACAUGGUUGAGAAACAGCAAGUCAGUCACAGAAGGUGUCUAUGAGACCAGCUUCUUCUUCAACCGUGACUAUUCCUUCCACAAGAUGUCUUACCUCACCUUCAUCCCUUCUGAUGAUGACGUUUAUGACUGCAAGGUGGAACACUGGGGCCUGGAGGAGCCGGUGCUGAAACACUGGGAACCUGAGGUUCCAGCCCCCAUGUCAGAGCUGACGGAGACUGUGGUCUGUGCCCUGGGGUUGUCCGUGGGCAUCGUGGGCAUCGUGGUGGGCACCAUCUUCAUCAUUCAAGGUCUUCGAUCAGGCGGCACCUCCAGACAUCCAGGGCCCUUAUGAGCCACACACUGGAAAGGAAGGUAAGGGUUUGUGUUUGUGGG